AUGAUCAGACAGACCAGUUGGGCCGAGAAGUGCAACCUGAAACCAGUCGACCGAUUCGAAGGUGAGAUGCCAAUACGAAUUAAAGGGUCUGACGGAAUACCUUACGAACAUGUACCUGAUAUCAAAGAACCUUUCAAGCGCUACGGGCUACCCUCCAACCACAAGAACAAGAAAUUUGAACGACCCAGUCGCCCCUAUGCUUCAUCCAACCAAGCUCCAGAUCCCACAGAAACCUUCACUUAUUCGCCUUGGGAGUGCUCACAAGAGGAGCGUGAUCGAUGGAAAGUUGAUGAUCGGACGGAAGAGGAAGAUCAGUUCAUCACACAAUCCAAAGUCGAGCGGGUUCGUUUGGAUGUAGAGGUCGAAUGGAUCUUUGAAUUCAGCAUUGAGAUGAAGGAAUUCAUGUGGUUAGAACAACUCCAGAGGGAUCACGACGUCGUCGCCCAAGUAGAGGCAGUUAGAGCUUUGAAGACUAUACCUUCAAAGGUUGUCUCCAGUCACUUGUGUCGAGUAGCUCCCGUCUUGGAAUACAUCUUUCACAUGCGUAAUGAGGCCGUAUUAGCCCUGGACUCCUGCGCAACCUGUCGGUGUGGCGUUCUAGGUCUAUUCCAUCUCCUCAAACUCUUCCAAUCACGCUACUGUUAUCCUCCCCGAGUCGAACCUGACAGUCCGUGGCACAUCAGACCCAUUCCCAAGCCCAACCAAUUCGACAGUGCGAGAUCAGAACAACAACUCUCUGCCAUCAGUUCCUUCUUGAUCAGCUGGUCUAUACUUGGACAACACAUGCGAGAGAAGAGUACGACUCGUGAUCAACGACCUCGAAAGAUGCUUCAUGGCUGA